GCGUGAGAGAGGAGGAGGAGAGGCUCCGGGUUGGAAUUUGAAUCUGUGUCCUCUCUCCCCCCGUCUGUUUCUUUCUGGCGUAUCCGCCGUCGAGCGCAGCCUGUUAUAUCUCUUCCUCCCUGCGGUCCGGUGACUGGGGAAUCCACCUGCCGGAGAGCAGACACACCUCGUGAUGGAUGCCCUGAAAUCUGCCGGUAGAGCGAUUAUCAAGAGCCCGGGAGUUCCGCGGCACACAUGGGGAACUUCAAAACACGAAAAGCUUCCAGAGAACUGGACAGACACGAAGGAGACUCUGCUGGAGGGGAUGGCAUUCAACGUGAAGUACCUGGGUAUGACUCUGGUGGGCCAGCCUAAAGGAGAGGACAUGGCCUCUGCUGCCAUUCGCAGAAUUGUUGCCACGGCCAGAGCCAGCGCGAAGAAGUUUCGGAAAGUAACACUGACGAUCUCACCGAAAGGCAUCGUCAUCACGGACACAGAAACUACAGACCUCAUAGAGAAUGUCUCCAUUUACAGAAUCUCGUACUGCACAGCAGAUAAAACUCAGGACAAGGUCUUUGCAUAUGUUUCUCAGAGUCAGUUCAAUGAGACGCUUGAGUGCCACGCAUUUCUCUGUCAAAAGAAGAAAAUUGCUCAGGCUGUGACAUUAACAGUAGCCCAGGCCUUUAAAGUGGCCUUAGAUCUGUGGGAGAUUGCUCAGGAAGACAAAAGCAAGAAGGCCAGGACCUGCUGUUCCUGUGCAGCAAGCAAUGGGCAGACGCAGGCAGCAGACACUCAGUGUGUUCCAGCGGAUCCAGAGGCACAUAAGCCCACAGGGAUGGAAGAGAAGCUCCGGAGGCCCUUCUUCUCUGCUUCACUCAGCUCACCCUCACCCCGCAGUAACCCUACUCGAAGGCGACCAAUCAAACAUGACUCUUGGGAUGUGGAAGAUGGUGUGGAAGAUGCUUUCUCAAGCAACAUGGAAAUAGAGGAGACAGACACGGACUGGCCGAGUCCCGCUCCAAACCCCUCUCUGACAAUGCAGCUUUGAGUCUCCCGGAGGUCUCCUCUGAGAAGCCAUUGCCCGUCUGCAACAACGAGUUUAAAUAACACAUACUGGCAGUAGCUGCCCGACGUACAGCAGCACAGAAAUUAGACAAAAAGCAUACACUCCAGUACCCAGGCUGACAAAACGGCAUGCUUUACUCGAUCAGACAGAAAAACAUAUCACCCUCCCUGGUGCACAAACUGAAUGAGAGAGGCUGUGUUUGAUAUUCAGUCACUGCUGUGGAGAAGCCAGAGUGAAUACCCUGAUAUUAUGAAAUGUUAUUUCUGUGAAUCCCUGCCAGUCAAAACACACUUCGCUCAGUGUAAACAGCCAUCUCCUGCCAUAUUAAAAUUUGGUGCACACAGUGUGCAGCACACCACUGCAAAGCAAGCGAGGAUGACAAAUUUGUAUACAAUGAAAUUCACAGAGAAGAUCACAGGAUGAAGCUUGGAGUCUCCUCUUUUUAGUCAUAAUUUGUGAAAUGUUUUCACAUGUGGAUUCCACUUGUAAAUUAGGAUAACAAUUGCACAAACACGUAGUUUGCGUCACAGUCCAAAGAUGCGUGUAGUGUAUAUAAGUCUGUUUAUCUCUUUCCAAAAAAUGUGAGCGCUCUCUGAUCUUGUUGUUUGUUUCGGUGCAGUAACAGCUGCCGGUCUCAGCAAUUGCUGGAAGAGGUCCAGUGUUAGGAGUCAUCAUCGGACACUGGUGCAAACACUCUGUCAUGAUACUGAAUGAGUUUUACAUGAAUCAUCCAGUUUGUUGUACUGAACAAACCAUUUCUUUGGAGAAUGAAGCCUCCAUUAGGCACAGAGACAUAUAAAAAGCAUGUGUCAUGUUUUUUCUGGCAGCAGCUGGAGUGCUGGAGUGCACCAGCUAACUGUGUACAAGUGUAGUUUUUUGGCCCCAUAUUCCCAGUGUUUGAGAGAAUUUACUUCACUCACUUGUUGUGACCUUUCUCAGCGGAAAGACGUGCCAGCUUGUCAUGACGAUGGUUUAGUUUGAUAUAUAUCAGGUUAUUGAUUGCAGCAGAUGGGGGGUUGGUAUUCAUCUUAUAUUUAAUCUAAUCAUUUAUAAGGCAGAAUUUAGUUACCCAUUUUUUCAUCCAACUUUUAUUACGUGACCCAAAAAUUCUUAAAUCUAAAGAAAGAACCUUUAUUUAGGCUUAAUUUUGCUUAUAGUUGAAGACAUUUGGUCCCUUUGUAUUCAGUCUCAGCACGAGGUUUAAAAUCGUGCAUUCACUGAACUAAAGCUUCAGUGAACGGACCAUCAGCAGUGCACACAACAACUAGCUGUUUUUAGACUGGAAGGGUUAUUUCAAGCAAUUUAGAACUGCAAUAAAUAGAAUGAAAUUUAUACUAACAGUGAUCAAAAUUUAAAUAACAGAGGCUGAGAUGUUUUGACUUUUAAUUCCAAGAUCCUGCCAAAUGUGUUCUACAAUAUAUCUUGAUAGCAUCUAAAGUUCACCGUACUACUGCAUUUGCACCCCAGGUUUUAUAUCAAAGAUCUGCAUCCAAGUUAAUCUGGACAUAAUGUGUAAAAUACUCCUCUUAAGAUAAAAUAUUGUUAAUCAUAAUCAGCCACCACAAUAUAAAAAAAAAAUCUGCCAAACAAUUAUGGUUCAAGUGCACAAAUGCAAGUUUAAAUUUUUUUUUUAUGUUUAGAAAACUGUUUUAAAUGCUAACUAUAACGGUGAAUUUACUCUAGAACAGGCUGAUGAUUCUGUAACAAUCAUUACUGUUUUACUGGAAUACAGCUUAUUUAUAGUGAAAGCUUUGCGUUUCCUUAUUCAUUCAGCUAUCACUGUACAUAAAGACGAUGUUAUUGUUAAUGAUGUUAGGUUAUGGGAACUGUAUUUCAAGCCCAAACUCUUAGAUUAAAGAAACCUAUUUCCAUAUGCUGUAUUUUUUCAGUGUCAAAGCUGUAUGUAUUUACUGUAUGUAUACAUAUUAUAACAUAAAGGAAAGUAGGAUGUCUAGAAUCAGGGCUUCACACAGGUGUGUUUUUAUCACUCUUAUUGAGAUGUGAUGUGUGUCUUUGCAUUAGGUUAGGCAAUUUGUACAGAUUUAAAUAACUGUGGGUUUUACUGCUGCAGGAGUUCCUUAUUUUUCUUUCUUUUGUUUUGAACAUGAUUAACAAAAAAAGUCAGUCUGUCAGGUUGUCCAUCACCACCAAACAAAAAUACACAGUGACUGAAUCAGUUUAAUCAGCAGUUAUCAUGAUAUGACUUUAUUCAUUCAGUUGCACAUUAAAGCCACGAUAUUCCUGAAAUAUGUUGCUUAUUAGAAUUCAAUAUACAAAAUGAAUCGCCUUUUAAUUUGCAGAGGGUGGCACUUCUGUUCUUGUUAUAUUAUUUACAUAGUUCGCAGUUUCCCCUUAACUGCAAUAUUGUAAUUUUCCUUUUCUCUCAAACAUCUCUUUCCACAAAUAGAAAUAAUCCAUCCCAAGCUGUAUUAUAGACAAACUGUUUUUAUUUUUUAAUUAGACUCUGUUUAUUUUUAUCCACCACUUAAAUGAUGUUUGUUGUCAAGAGGAUAUUAUAUUGUGCAACAGUCUGGCUGAAGUGGUCUUCUCUGUAUUCACGGCAUCAUGACUGAGAAUAAUUGUGGCGGUCGUCGGCAGGAGGUAGCAGGGAGCUCUGUGUUGUUGUCAUGACACCCGCUGCAGAAUAAUUGGAUGGCUUAUCAGGUUACGACGUGAAGCUUAAUUACAUUGUUUCAUUCCUGACUGGCUGAAAUACCAACUCUAUUACAAUGCUAAAGGAAAGCUAUUUAGUAUGGAUGCCAUAAAUGCCCUGUAUCAUGUCAUGGACGGUCCAGGAAGCUAUGUGUGCACUUAGUAUUGACUGUGAAGUUGGAGGUCAGCAGAGUGCACCGUCAGUGUGAUGUUGUAAUGCACAGAUGAUCUGUACUCACCUUUUUUAGACCCAUCAUUGAUUGACUGAUUGAUUCCUGUGUGGAUGUAUCUGCGGAUUCAGUGCUGCUGAGUGAUAUUUUAAGAUUGGCUGCUGUCCAGGAGCUGUCAAAUCUGAAGUGGUUUUCAGUUAUAACAAACAAAAACAAAAGUUUUAACCCUGUAAACCCUGACACAUCAAAUCUUAACCACGUGAUAAUAGUCUAUUACAUGUUACACCUCGGGUAAUUUGAAAUUGGAUAUACUUCUAAAACAUAAUAUUAACAGUAUUGGGAACAUUUCAGUUUUUAAGAUUUUAAGGGUCUUUUGUUUGUUUGUUUGUUUUACCCUAAUAUGCUACAGCAAUUAUUGAAAGAACAGGUUGCAUCAUUUGUCUAGUAAUAGUAAUAUCUUAAUUUACCACUAAAUAUUUCUGAAUGUGAUGCUGCAUAAUCAUUACAUUAAUUAGCUCAGUUACAUGUAAACAAUGCAUUUGCUGUCAUGAAUACAUCAUGAAAUGCAAUAAAAUGACAGAGUAGGAAUUUGAAAAUAACCUUAUUAAAAUGAGAAGCUAGUGAUUUUGUGCCACAGGCAACAAAUAGGCAACUAUUUUAUUAACAGGUGUUCAAAGCUGUGUUGCUGCCUGCAAUGCACAAAUAAUCCACUAGUGGGUCAAAGACGUGAGUGAAAUUGCAUGGAAAUGACGUAAAAGUCUCAGAACCUUCAAGUAGAAAUUGUGGUACUCUAUAGGGUUAAAGCAAAAUUAUUAUUUAUAAAUUCAUUUGAAAAGUCAUACAGUUUAAAAAAUAAAAUAAAAAAUAAAGUCCUGCAUACAUGUCAGGCCACCGGGCUCCUCGGUUUUGUGUCAUGUAGCCCGGACACAGGGUACAGCGCAUCGAUGUGGCAGAUUCCCAGGCAAUCUUGACUGGAUGCGGUUCCUUGGCGCAGCUGAGAUUUUUGUCUUUGGGAGUGGAGAGACAGACCAGCGCUUGGAGGUGCAGCAUGCCAAACUGAGUCUUAUGUGCACUGAAUACAAAUCACCCUGUGAGGUUCUGAGCCCAGAAAGCAUUUUAGGGUUUUAAAAAUGAGAAAGAGUUUCAACUGGGAAAGCCAAGUAUUCUCAGAAACGCUACUGUACUUUUACCCCAAAUAAACGCGGACGUUUACAGUAUGAGUUUACUUUACCAAGGUGCUUAUUUUCUAUCUAUGCAAACAGUGGGUUUCCAGCAGUGUUGUGAUAUUAUGUUAAUAGCAGUUUGUGUAUAAAUCAC